GAAGCGACGGCGGCGUCGAGUACGCUACCACCGCCAGAGUCAGUCAGCCUGCUGGCGGAGGAGGCGGCAGAUACAGUGUGUCGCUCGGGGGGCUUUUUGCUUUCCCCGCCGCUGGUUUGCCCGUUGGGGUUGGUGACCGGGAUGGCGUCGGAUUCUGGAAGUUUCAGCCAAUCUGGGGAUCAGCAAAGCUAUGCAGGGUAUGGCAAUCAAGGAAAUCAAAAUUAUGCACAUAUGCCACAGGGAUAUCCCGGCUAUGACCAGAGUGGAGAGACUUCAUCAUAUGGGCAAAGCUACGGAAGCUAUCAAGGGAACUAUCAAGGGAACUAUGCACAGACCCCGCCAGGUUAUGGGCAAGGUAGCCAGCAAGGAUAUGGCGGAUAUGAAAAUCAGAACCAGAGCCCGUAUAACCAGGAAUCUUAUGGCAAUCCUGGGCAGCAGAAAGAUUUGUCAGGCAGGUCUUCCUAUGACCAGAAACCCACCUAUGGGCAACCAGGUUCAUACAACCAGUCUUCAAGCUAUAGCCAGCAGCCAGGAUCCUAUGACCAACAACAAGGUUACAGUCAACCGCAAAGAUCAUUUGAUCAACAGUCAACUUAUAACCAGCAGGGACAGCAAAGUUCAUAUGACCAGCAGUCAGGAUAUAGCCAAAAUCAGCAACCUCAGCAGAGUUUUGGGCAGCAGCAACAAAGCUCAUUCAACCAGAAGCCAAACUACAGCCCGCAACAAGGCUCGUAUGGUCAGAACCAGCAGUCAUACCAGACACAACAGAAGGAAAGCUAUGGACCCAGCAUGCAAGAUGAUCGCCGAGAAAAAAAUAGAUAUGGAGACGAUAACCGAGGCUAUGGGGGCCCACGAGGUGGAAGCAGAUUUGAUUCUGACAACAGAAAUACUAUGUCUGGCAUGAGUGGUGGUGACCGAGGUGGCUUCAAAAAUUAUGGUGGUCAGAGGGAUUUGGGGCCAAAGCCAGAUGCAGAUUCGGAAUCUGACAAUUCUGAUAACAACACCAUCUUUGUACAAGGACUUGGAGAAGAUGUUUCACCAGAACAAGUGGCUGAUUACUUCAAACAAAUAGGUGUAAUUAAGACAAACAAAAAGACAGGUAAACUUAUGAUAAAUCUAUAUACAGACAAGGAUACUGGCAAGUCAAAGGGAGAAGCAACAGUGUCUUUUGAUGAUCCUCCAUCUGCUAAGGCCGCCAUUGACUGGUUUGAUGGAAAAGAAUUUAAUGGCAGUGUUAUCAGGGUUUCCUUCGCAACCAGACGGCCAGAAUUCAUGCGAGGAGGUGGUGGUGGAGCAGGUGGUGGUGGACGCCGAGGUUCACGUGGAGGGGGCUUUGGAAGAGGAGCGGGUUUCCAGGGCCGAGGUGGAGAACCCAAAAGUGGUGAUUGGGUUUGUCCUAACCCGAGCUGUGGAAAUAUGAACUUUGCUCGCCGGAAUUCCUGCAAUCAGUGUAAUGAGCCCAGACCGGAUGAUGGGCGUCCCUCUGGAGGAGAUUUCCGUGGCAGAGGUGGUUUUGGAGGUGAUCGGGGGUUCAGAGGCCGUGGUGGCCGGGGCGGUGGCUUUGGUGGCAAAAUGGGAGGAAGAAACGACUUCAGAAGUGAUCAACGUAACAGACCCUACUAAAAAAAAAAAAAAAGCAGAGAAUGUCCCCUUCCUCUUUCUGAUGGCUUUUCACAGCAGCAUUGCUGAGUUUCGCCUGCUGCUUUUAUCCCAUGGUCUCUUGGAUAGUGGAAUUAAAUGUAAAAACUGGAUUUUUAAUUUGGUGGGAGGGACUGGGAUACUCUUUCCCCGGGUUUUUUUCCCCCUUUCCUUUUUUUUUUUUUAGCAAGUCCAUUAAAAUUUCAUCUUUCUAUUUCCAACAUUCCCCCAUUUUCCCCCAGCUACCAACUACACUUGUUCACAGGCUCUUAAAAUAAGGAUGGAGUAAAAUUGUAAAAUAUUUGCCAAAAAUUUGACAUGUUUUAUAAUACAAAAAAUAAAAUAAAAGCUGAUUGUUUAUUUGUGACAUGCUUGACUGCUUUUAGCCAUUGUUAUUUCAAUAAAUUUAUUUUUCUGUA